AUGUCGUGGGUGGGCAGGCGCAGCGCGCGGGAAGGGCAGGGGCAGCCCCGGAGGGAGGGCGAACGGGGGGAGGCUGAUCUGGGGAAGGUAGAACUGGGGAAGGUAGAACUGAGGGUGGCGGAAGCGGGGCAGAGGGAUGAACUUGGGGAGGUAGAACCGGGCAAGUUAUGGCCGUGCAGAGAAGCUGACGAGUGCCAGGCGGCGUUGACUUGCGUUGACUCACCAGAAAGCCGGACUCAGUUGUCACCGACCGUUGGGAAUACCGCCGCUACAGCUGGGGAGGCUUUUGAGGCGCCUCCAAGAGGCUGCCUCGAUAACUCGUUUAAAGACGCGCCGGACGAUUAUGUAGACGAGUAUUUGGAGGACCAGGAGGAUGGGCCUAGGUCGGGGGAGGAGGAGAAAGCUAAAGGCGGUGAUAAACAAGAGGAGCUGGGAGGUGGUUUAGAGGGGGCUAAGAGGUGUGGGAAGGAUGGUGAGACGGUUCGGAAUGGGGAUUUGAGUUUUGAGGUGCCUCAAAAGUCGAGGCAUGGCAAGGCUGCUGCUGAAGAGGUUCAGCAUGGGGGUUUGUAUGGUGAAACGCCAAGAGGAGCAGCAGCGGCUACAGCGCGUCGCAAGUCUGGUGGGGUGGUUGGGCACGGGGAGUUGAGCUUUGAGGAAACGCCAAUGCCCAUGCCUCAAAAGCAGACGGUUGUGCAUGGGGGGGACUUGUAUGGGGAGAUGCCAGUGCCAAGAGGUGAGGGUAAGAGGGAUGGCAAGGCUGGUAAGGCGGCCGGGCACAGGGAUUUGUAUUGCCACGGAGAUCUGUAUGGGGGACCAUCGAUAUCGCAGCUAUCAUCCCCAUCCUCCUCAUCCUCCUCCUCAGUAUCAGAGGGAGCAGCAGUGAGAACAGAAGGGGAGGCAGCAGGGAAGAAUGAGUCGGGUGCCGGUCGGAUGACAGACGACAGAGCGAUUGGCAGAGGGAUAGGGAGAGAGAGUGGCAGAGAGAGUGACAGAGAGAGUGGCAGAGACGUAGGCAGAUCAGCCCGCAGGAGUAUGAGGGGAAUCUCUACAGUCCCAGACAGCCCCAGUAGCAGGAGACGUGGGGGCGCGGUGGGCAGUGGCAGACAGUUGGGGUACGGCGGGGCUGUGGGGUCCUUCAGAGAUGUUGCCGUGCCUUCAGGCGAUAUGUGGGACGCUGUGCCGCCACACAUGCCAUUUGAGGCAAUUGAUUCGGUUCCAAGUGAUUCGGGGUACAGUCGCCGCCGCCGUGCGUCGGGCCAGUUUGACCCCUCGUCUGCAGGCGAUGCCGGUGGUGGCUCAGGUCGCUGGAAUGGUUCAGAACGGUUCAGUGGGCGUGGGGAGGAGCGUGGUGAGCCUGAGGGGCGGCAGAUGAGGCAGCAGCAGCAAAAACAGCAGCCGCAGCAGCAGCAGCAGCAGCAGAAGCAGCAACAAAAGCAGCAAGAGGAUAAUGAGCAGCAGAAGCAGAAGAAGCAGCAACAGCAACACGAGCAGCAGAAGAGGCAGGUAGCUAGCCCCCCGCCACUGAAACUAGCAGAGGGGGGAGGUGUGCAGGGGAGCGUGUUGGGGCGUCCGUACGUCUCUCUUCAGAGUCGCUUCGUGGUGGGCAGGCGGGAGAUAGGGCGAGGGCAGUUCGGGGUGAUCUACAAGUGUGUGCCGCGCGGUGCGCUUGGCGGGGUGGCGUUCGCGUGCAAGACCAUCAAGAAGAGGAACAUUGAGACCCUGCCCGCAGCAGAGGACAUUCGGCGAGAAGUAGAAGCACUGGAGAAAGUAAAAGGGCAUCCGGGCAUUGUAGAGCUGCACUCUGUCUUUGAGGACCCCCAAGCAGUGCACCUGGUGAUGCAGCUGUGCCGCCAUGGGGACCUCUUCGACCAUGUCAAGAUGCGCACACGCCUCCCCGAACCCACCGCUGCGUGCAUUCUGUCGCAGCUGCUGCACGCGCUGCAGCACUGCCAUGACUUGGGCGUGAUUCACCGCGAUGUGAAGCCGGAGAAUGUGCUGAUAUAUGCAAGGGGAGGCGGCGGCGGGGACGGGGAGAAGGUUCUUGUGAAGCUGGGGGACUUUGGAGUUGCAACCCGAUUUUCCCCGGGCAUGCCCUGCAUGGACCCAGUGGGAACGGCCAUGUACAUGGCGCCGGAGCUGCUGCAAGGCAGGUACGGGCCGGCAGCAGACGUGUGGAGCGCCGGCAUCGUGCUCUAUGUCAUGCUCUCCGGGGCUCUUCCUUUCUUUGCCACCAAGAACCGCACGCUGGUUGAGGCGAUAAUGCACGGGCCGGCUCGCAUGGAGGGGCCGCGGUGGGAAGGAGUGUCGGAGGGAGCGAAAGCGGUGGUGCGGAGGAUGCUUGAGAAAGAUCCAGAGGAGAGGGCAACGAUACAACAGAUUCAUGGCCCAGCGGCGCGGGAUGCGGCGCAGGAUGAGUACGCCCUGGCGGACGAUCAUCGGUCGCAGGGCGACGUCGCAGAGUGGCCGUCGGCUCUCGACCAGCUGUCGCAGCCGAACUCGUUUCGCGCGGACGACUGGGACCUGGAGCAAGGCGACAGCCGAGAUCCCGACGGCGAAAUCGGCGAGGAAGCCGGUAUUUGCGACAGCCGAAUCGGCCGCGGCGCCAGCGGGAGAAUGGGGCAGUCCGCCGGCGCGAGCAGGAGGGGGGAAGGCGGGGAUAGCAUGAUACGCGGAGAGAGAGGCGGAGAGAGGGACGAUGGGGGAUAUAGAGGCAGCGCUAGAAGCGGAAGGAGCGAGGGGGGGGCUUACGUAGUCGAGAUGGACAUGGGUAGGCAGGAGACUCUUUCGCAUGGCCUCGCGGACAUGCCGGAUGGUAACCCGGUAACCAUAGCGACUGCCAGAGGCUUGGCCGAUGGCGAUGCCGCCGCGAGAGGCGGUGAGAGUGAGAGCAGCGGCGACUCGUACCGUGACGCGGAGAGCUUCUCGUCUUCUGGCGAGUCUAGUCUUAACGAGUACGGGCAGGAGGGCGACGAAGACGAGAGUCUCAGCAGCCACGCAGGGGACGAGGAGGACGAAAUCGGGGAAGCCUAUAACGGGGCGAAGAGGAGCACGCACUGGGUUACCGCAUGGCCGGCUCUUUUCCUCGCAGGCACGGCCCUCUCCCUCACCUACGAAUCUGGGACGGCACUGGGCUAUCGCAUCUGGCCGGCGCUCUUCCUCGCAGGCACAGCCCUCUCGCUCACCUACGGCGCACUCCACGUGACCCUGCCGCGCCUGCACCUCGUCCUCUACUCCCUCGUGAUCGCCACAGACCGCACGCUCUUUGUGCUCCUCCUCGCCUUCUUCCUCAUGCGCUUCCUCCGCCGCCAGCCCACCGACCUCACCCCACUCGACCGCGUGUCCAACACCUUCCGCCUCUUCUUCUUCUCCUUCCUCAUCUCCUUCAUCUUCGAGGGCAUCGUGUCGAUCGUUCUCUCUCUUAUCGGAGCCGAGACGCCGGAAACCGCGGCCAUUACUGGGUGCUUUCGGACGCUGGCGAGCUUUUCAGGGAUUAUUCUCACGAUGCCGUUACUUAUGCAAGUGUCGGUGUGGAAACCUUUUCCAGCAGCAUCAGCAUCAACAGCAGCAGCACAAGUCCAGCCCAAUUCUCCUUCUCCACAUUCCCCAUCCCAUCCGCCCUCCCUCUCCUUCCCUUCCACACAAAUCUGGUCACGCUUCCUCUGCCACCUCCUCUCCACCCCCAAGAGCUGGGAAUUCCUUGCUCUAUUCCUCCUCAACACAGGCAUCUCGCUCCUCAUUUUCGCCCCAGGAGCCAGCCCGCUCAUCGUCUCCCUCCCCUACAUGCUCUUCCCGGGGGUCCUCUGGGCAGCGGUUAGGUUUAACCGCCACGGGUCGGGCCUCAUACUGCUGCUGGUGGUGCUGAUCGCGUGCUGCUGCACGGCGAGAGGGUGGGGCCCGCUGGUGAGGGAGAAGGCGAAUGAGACGAUUCUGCAGCUGCAGGUGUUUGUGGUGACGGUUGGAGUGGUGGGGGUGGUGGUGGCGGCGGCUGUGAGGGACACGAAUCGGCUGAGGAAGGAGCUGCGGCGGCUGAAUGCACGGUUGGAGGGGGAGGUGCAGCGGCGGACAGAGCAGAUCAGGCAGUAUAACGAGGAUCUGAAGAAGUCAAAGGAGGAGUUGGAGGAGGCGGGGAGGGCCAAGACGGAGUUCCUGGCCAACAUGAGCCAUGAGAUCCGCACGCCCAUCCACGGCUUCAUCGGCAUGACAGCCCUGGCCAUGGGCACUCUCGAGUCCCUGCGAGCUGCUGCCCGUACCAUCUUGCCCCUGUUCCUUCACCCUCGAGUCCCUCCGAGCCAUUCCCCUACCGCCCAUACCAUCCGGGAGAAGGGGCGAUGUCUGCCCAUACCAUCCGGACCCUUCCUUUUUCCUCACCUCCUCAUUCCCCUCCCAUGCCCCUCUCCCGCCCCUCCCCUUCUUCCCAACCUUCCACCCUAUCCCCCCAGCACGCCCAUCCACGGCAUCAUCGGCAUGACAGCGCUCGCCAUGGACACCCUCGAGUCCCUCCGAGCCAUCCCACUGCCGCCCAUCCCUCACCACUCCUCCUCCCACUCUGCCUCUGCCGCCGCCGCCGCUGCAGCAGCAGCGGCAUUAGCGGAGCGGAGCGAUCUAACGGUGGAGGUGCAUGAGCAUCUGACGGUGGUGGCUCAGUCGGCCGAUUGUCUGCUGAACAUCGCCAACACUGUGCUGGACCUUGCCAGGAUAGAGGCCGGACAGCUGGCUCUGGAUAAAGUCCCGUUCCGGCUGCGGGACGUGGUUGGUUCGACCAUGAGAAUGCUGCAGUCGACCAUGCGCAUGCUGCAGGUGAGUGGCUUCACGGGGAUUCACAGGUGGUGGGUUCACAGGGAUCUGCUGCUGAGCAUCGCCAACACCUUGCUGGACCUUGCAAGAAUAGAGGCGGGGCAGGCAGCUGGCGCUGGAUGCAGUGCUGUUCAGAUUGAGGGAUGUGGUGGGUGGGGUCGAGUCGACCAUGCGCAUGCUGCAGUGAGUGCUGGCGGAUCCACCACGCACAUGAUCCAUCCGUAUGGUGGUGCUGCUGGUAGUGCUGCAGGCAGUGCUGGUUUGUCGCCCACCUGCCGUUACUGCAAGAAAACGGGUCACACCAUCGAUGAAUGCUUCAAAUUGAAGAAGAAGAAAGAGCUUGAAGAAAGCUCUAAACGGGAGAAAUCCGUCUUCCAACCCUCGGUGCAUGUCUCCACCAGCUCCUCUGCUGAAGCUACUCCGACCCCCACACCCCCUCCUGCCCCAUCAACCCCUCAGUCCGUACCUGAUUCCCGGUACGUGGACAUUGCUGUCAGCACCAGCCACCACCCCAUCUUCUCCACAUGGACUCCUCUCGUCGCUGCUGUCUUCAUUCUCACCAUCCUCCUUCUCCUCCUCCUCUUCCCUUAUGGGGCUCCCUACGCAUCGGCAUUCACGGCCUCCUCAUUCAAUAUGGAGCGGACUUCGUCGUGGCUGGUGGACAGCGGCGCAUCCUCCCAUAUCUGCUCGGAUCGUUCGCUGUUUUCGUCUCUCAAGAAGUCCAACGAAGAGAUCCUUGUUCGUUUUGGUGGAGGAGAGACUUACAAGGUCUUGGGAGUCGGCACGGUGGUGGCUACUCUUCGGUCACCAACAUCGGAAACCACCAUUCAGCUUGACAACGUUCUAUUUCUCCCUUCAUCAGUUCACAAGCUGCUCUCUGUUCGUGCGCUUGGUGCUGCCGGCGUUGCCGUCUCGUUCCCCGCUGCUGGGCGCGUUGUUCUCACAUCUGAUGACGUUCCUAUUGGCGAGGGCUACACCCGCAACAAUCUGUUUUAUCUUCAACUGCAUCAUGGGAGCAGUGCUGCUCCUUCUAUCAAGCCAACUGCAUGUCCAGCCUCCACCACCACCUCCUCGUACCUCUGGCAUCGUCGUUUCGGGCAUCUCAACAUGCAGGCCUUGUCAACACUUCAUCGGCAGCAGCUGGUCACCGGUGCGAGCAGAGCAGAAGCAGCUGGCGUUCUCAUGGCAUGUGGCGGAGAAGGUACCUCUGGAUCUUAUGGAAGCAGAUGCGCGACACGGGCAUUCAGACGGUCACACUCACUCCUUCCUUCCGUUCCUCCCCAUGCCUCUCUCCCCUCUCUGCAGGUGCGCGCAGAGCAGAAGCAGCUGGGCUUUUCAUGGCACGUGGCGGAGAAGGUGCCUCUGGAGCUCAUGGGGGACCCAGGCCGGCUGCAGCAGUGCCUCAUCAACCUGGUGGGCAAUGCGAUCAAGUUCACAGAGACAGGCACUCCCGCUGGUGCUGGUGGUGUGGGUUCUCUGGCUGCAGCUGCUGCUGCUGCUGCCGCCGCAGCAGAUGCGUCACGCCGGCCCCAGUCAAGGGAAGGCGUUCUUUUGUCUGCUUCUGAUAAGAUUCCUGGAAGUUUCCUCGCGUUUCUGGGGAGGUCCUUCACCAGGAGGAGAGGAGACGGCAGGAGGGAGGAGAGGGAAGGGGAGAGGGAGGAGGAGAGGAGAGGGUGGGAGGGAGGAGAAGAGAGAGUAAGACCAGCAUCGAGUGAUGCGUAUACUCGUCGUGGUGGAGGCGGUGCUGCUGCUGCUGCACUAGGCGAUGGCUGUGGCGCAGCAGCAGCACAAUCAUCACAACUGUCACCAUCGGGAGGAGGAGCAGCAGAGGCAGCAGCAGCAGGAGUAGCAGAGGCAGAUGCUACCGCCCCCAGGCCCACCUGUCCAGACGCUAGCUCAGGCUGGCACUCCGACCCUCCCAGCCGCCCGACCUCCUCCCACCGGUCCACGCUCGGCAGGUCCGGUAGCCGCCGAGCCUCCCUCUUUGGUCCGGGUAAGAGAAGCCGACGUGGCAGCCAGGAGUUGGCUGAGCUGGGAGGUGGGGUAGGGAUAUACCAGUGUCUUGGUUACGAGGCUGGUGAUUGGUCAGAACCCUGGGCAGGGGGAGAGGGACGCACAGAUAGCGGGGAGGAAACAGGGGACUUGGGAGGGGUUUGGAGGAGUGGGAGGAGGCAGGAGAAGAGCUGGGGCCGGGGGUCGAGAAGAGGGGGAGAGGGAGGGGGGGUGUCGGCUAGAGGAAGAGGGAGUGAGGGAGUGGUGGAGUGUGGGAGUCUGUCAGAUGGGGAGUCGUUUCCUAGAGAGAGGGGUAGAGGUAGGAGUAUAGAGAGGGGUGUAGGGAGAGGUGGCGAUGUGGACAGAGACGAGGAGAGGGAUGAGGAGGACUUGCAGGUGCCUGUGUCUCGAACGCGCUCCAGUGAGACUCGCAGCAGGCGGGUUGACUUCUUAGAUGUUGGGCUGGCAGGCAGCGGGAGAAGCAGCGGCAAGUGGAGCGAAGGGGGACUGAGCAGCCGCAGGGGAGGAGCUGGGUCGCGGGCCGGCAGUGGGUUCUUCUCGCGGGCAAGAGAAGAAAGAGAGAGGGAGAGGGAUAGUGAUCACGAGUUGGGGUCGCCACACCCACAGAGAGUCCUGGAUUUUAGAGACCUAGGGGAGGCAGACGAAGCUCAUGGCAAGCCGUCCUUUCUGGGUGCCAUGCAAGCGUGCACACCCCCCAUGCUCUCCCCCAUGGCCCGCGCUCUCCCCCCACCGCAACCCACCCUCUCUCGCCAAUCCAUGCCGGCCCUCGCAUCCGCUUCCGCACCUGUUUCCGCGCCUGGCUCCGAGCCUCGCUCCGUGCCCGAGCAUGCGCUCGCCCCAGGCUCGGCUCCCGGACCUCUGGUGUCGCAACGGAGCAAUGUGUCCCAAGCGAGUGAUUAUUCCUCUGUAGUGGAGUUAAGCCGAAACAGCAGUGCACGGUCCCAUGCUAGAGGCCAGGGUUUCGGGUUUAGACCAUCUGAGGCAUCUCAAGCUCAGUCUUUGCUCUAUACCGGGUAUACUCCCCAAGGGAAGGCGUAUGCUGGGAAUUUUCCGGGUGUUCAGCCCUUGGUUUACACACCUGAAGGGACAGUGUUGGACCGGACCGAGAGUGACAACCUGGCAAGGGUGGUGGGUGCAGAGCAGUUGGAAGGGUUUGGGAGGAGUAGGAGUGUGCGGGUGCAAGAGGGGCGGGGGCAGGGAGGAGUGAGGCCGAGAGGUGGGGGGAGGUAUUUUUACUCGCAGCAGCACCAGAGGCAGCCUAGGGAGGGCCGCGGGGGGGAAGGGGGAGGCGGGGGAGGGGUAGCAGGAGGGGGAGGAGCAGGAGGAACGGGGAGAGGGGAGGAGGGGGGGAGGGGGAAGCGUGGCGCCGGUAUGAGUGUGGGAAUGAGUAUAAAGAACAUGCUGUGGGGGCAGUCAUCUAAUGUGAGCACCCAGCGGCUUGAUACUAGUGACGAGGAGGAGGAGAGGGAAGGAGAAGGGAGGCGAGGAGGAGGGAGGGAGAGGGAGGGAGAGGAGCAAGAUGAGGAGGAGGAAGGGGAGGAGGGGAGUGAGGGAGGGGGGUCGGUGUGGCUGAUGGUAGCUGUGAAGGACACGGGGAUUGGGAUCAGCCGGGAGAAGCAGGGAGAUAUUUUCCACAACUUUGUGCAGGCAGACACGUCAAGCACGAGAGUGUAUGGCGGCAUCGGGCUUGGUCUCAGCAUCGUGCAGAGUCUGGUGCACAUGAUGGGGGGCGAGAUCUGGGUGGAGAGUGAACCCGGCCAUAUGCAUGCGGGUAUGGCUAGCCUCCGCAGCAACCUACCACUGGACAUCCCUGCCACCCCAGGCUCCAGCCACGGGGGCAGCGGCAGACGCCCCUCCUCCCGAGGCGGCCCUGGGGGAGGCUUAUCCAGGGUGGGUAGCAGCUCGGGCAGGGCAGACCGGCUGCGAAUGGGGAGUUCAGGAGGAGGAGGAACAGGGGGAACAGGAGCAGCGGGUGUGGUGGAUUAUUCUAGUCCGAGAUCUCAGCUGAUAGGGGCGCUGGGUAUGGGUCUUCCCCUGGUGCUUCCAAGCCCUAUGGCAUACCCUGGUGGUCCUGGCACGCGCAGUGGGAGGUACUCUAACCUUGCUUCUCCUUCCCCCUCUGCCGCCCACAACGCCACUGCCGCACCGUUCAGCAUGAAAUAUGCACCGCUCUCCACCCCUUCCCCCCGCUCUGCGGGCAUCUGGAGGGAUCUAGAACCUUCCCCUCUGUGGUCCAGACCCUUGAGUAGGGAGGGGCGGGCUAGGGCAACACGAAUGGCGCCUGGAGGUUUUGGAGGGGGAGGAGGGCGAGGUAGCUGGCUGGGGCAGAGUGUGGGAGGGGAUUCGGGGUCAGGGGGAGGGGAUUCGGGGAGAACGGGUUCAAGGGGAGGGGAUUCGGGUUCGAGAGGAGGAGAUUCAGGGAGUAGGGGGUCAAGAGGAGGGGACUCGGUGGCAGGGGAGGUGGUAGAGGUGACCGUGUCUGGUGCUGCUGGUAUGGCCACUGCUGCUGCCGUCUCUGCUGCCGUUGCAGCGGUCGAUGCUGCUGCUAACGCUGCUGAUAAUGCUAGUAGAGCUUCUGAGGCUGCUGCUGUGGAGGGGGGAGGAGGAGCAGCAGCAGCAGCACAGUCCUCGGCACGAAUACCACUAGUGGGAGCAGCAAGGCUGAGCGUGGGCGUCAGAGGAGGCACACUCAAUGCCUCGAAUUCCUAUAACGACUCGUCCGGAGCGUCAUCCCCCUCGGAUGAUGCAUUUGACUUCAACAUGUUUAACACGCAGAUGCGCGCCAAUGUCGCCCUGCCCUCCCCCUCAGCCACUGCUGCUGCUGCUGCUGGUGCUUCUGCUGGUGCUGGUGGUGCUGGUGGUGGUGCUGGUGGUGGUGCUGGUGGUGGUGCUGGUGGUGGUGCGGCAGGUGGCGUCACAGGGAUCAGCCUGCUGGAUGACUGGGGGUUCAUGGCCCCUCCGCCCGUUUCCCACAGCAUGCCCACCCUCUUCCCCCUGCCUGCCUCUGCCUCUGCGUCUGCUUCUGCCUCUGCUGCUGCUUCUGGUGCUGCCGUCCCAUCAACGUGGGUCCCCUUUGGUGCUGCUGGUAACUCGCAGCCGCACCUACUGCAGCAGCACUUGAUGCAGCCGCAGCAGCAGCAGGUGGGGGGGCAGGUUGGGUCCCGCCACAGGGCCAGCAACAGCUGGUGUCCGGAACUAGGAGCUUCCGCUGCUGCUGCUCUUGCACCCACCGCUGCUGCUCCCAACUGUCCUCCUAUCAGUGGCGUUCACGGGGUGGGCGGCAGUGCAAUCGGCGCUGCUGCUGGUGCUGGUGGUGCUGCUGCUGCCGCUGCUGGUGGUAUCGGAGGUGCGAUGGGCAGUGGGGCGGUAUCAGAUCCGUCGCUCUAUUCCCAGUUGGUGUCAGGCAAUUUCGAUCUUCUCACAGGAGGCUAUUCCCCUCCUCCCAACAACGAAUCCUUUUCUUCCUUCCUCACCACCUUCGCCUCUGGCCCUGACCCUCCACGCUGUACUGGUGCACCUAGUAUGUCUGCCGCACUGCCAGUCGCGCCAGCAGCACCAGCUGUAGCGCCAGUUCCUUCUGCUGAUGUAGCACCUGUUGCUGUAGCGCCUGCUGCUGCUGGUGGUGCUGCUUCCCCACCUGCCGCUGCAGCCUCAACAUCGGCCUACGUUGGUGCAGAGGCCAACUCAGCCCCUGCUGCUGGUGGUAACCUGGGCUGCAGCGGGAGGGGCAGUGGGGUCGGCGGUGGGGGAAGCAAUGGGAUGAGCACUGGGAAUGGUGGUGCUAGCCGCAGCUUGGUGGCGAGGCACCUGGCAGCUCUGGAGUCUGCCGUGGGUAGCUCUUGGCCCGGGAAAGAGGCUGGGGAAGGGAAGCAAGCUGCAAAGCCUUCGACUCAAAAGCUGCUCUCACGCUCCUCACUACCAUGCUCCCCCUCCUCAUCUGCUUUUGAGUCGACUCAAAAGCUGCUCACACGCUCCUCACUACCAUGCUCCCCCUCCUCAUCUGCUUUUGAGUCGACUCAAAAGCUGCUCUCACGCUCCUCACUACCAUGCUCCCCCUCCUCAUCUGCUUUUGAGUCGACUCAAAAGCUGCUCUCACGCUCCUCACUACCGUGCUCCCCCUCCUCAUCUGCUUUUGAGUCGACUCAAAAGCUGCUCUCACGCUCCUCACUACCAUGCUCCCCCUCCUCAUAUGCUUUUGAGUCGACUCAAAAGCUGCUCUCACGCUCCUCACUACCAUGCUCCCCCUCCUCAUCUGCUUUUGAGUCGACUUAA